AUGGUCUCUGAGUCCGAGCCUACAGGGAUCCUAGCGGGACGCCCUAUUGGUGCUAGUUCUAGUGCUAGUACCUGUAAUAAUAGCAAUAAUAUUAAUAAUAAUAAUCACAGUAAUAAUAAUAUUAAUAAUAAUAAUAGUAGUAUUAAUAAUUCGCCGGGAAAUUCACAACCGGCGCAACAUCACACUAAAGAUAAUAAUGCCAAUAAAAACAUUGAGACUUACGAUGUCGACGAGAGGCAUAUGUCCAAUCUAUUGGUCAGGCCGAGCUGGACAGAUGCUGCCAUUGCCCUGGAUCAAGUCGAAAAGGGCAAGGCAGGCGGUCAGAGGUCAAAGCUGUGGAUUCGAGCGAGGUUUCAAGAUCAUCUCAGUCGAAUAGCGGACUUUCUCCAGAGAAACGCUGGCAAGGUACUCUUUGUUACCAUCCUGAUCCUUGCGACCUUGAGCAUUGCUGUCAAAUGCGCCCAUUCCCGAAACAAAGUCGAACAAUUGUGGAUUCAAGAAGGCGGAACUCUCGAGCGAGAGCUUAACUAUGCGGAGGACUGGCUCGGAGAAUCGGCCCCACAGACUCACCAACUGAUAAUUCAGAUGCCAAAACAUUCCGGUGCAAAUGUCUUGAAUCCGCAAGCGCUCAAGGAACACCUCAAUAUUAUUACACAAGCUAUGCAAGUCACUGUCGAGAUGUUUGAAGUAACGUGGAGUCUCAGAGAUAUUUGUGUUAGGAUGACGAUACCAGAUUUCGAUAAUUAUCAUAUUGAACAGAUAUUUGAAAAAAUGAUCCCGUGUAAUAUUAUGUCACCGCUGGAUUGCUUUUGGGAGGGAAGCAAACUCAUGGGACCAGAAUAUCCUGUUCAUAUUCCAUUUCUUCCAGCGCACAGAUAUAAGUGGAUAAAUUUGGAUCCUUUGAAGGUAGUAGAGUACAUGAAAAACACCAACGAGACAAUGAUAGCGGGGUUUCCGUUUUACAUACUUGAAGAGUACAUGAAGAGGGCUGGAAUAACGAAUGCGUAUCAAACGAAGCCUUGCUUGGACCCCACGGAUCCACAUUGCCCCGAGACGGCUCCGAAUAAAAAAUCCCGGCAACCACUGGACGUCGCGGGAGAACUAACCGGUGGCUGUCACGGGUUCGCGACUAAAUUUAUGCACUGGCCCGAGGCGCUCUUGAUCGGUGGUGCUAAACGCAACAGGACUGGACACUUGAUGCACGCCGCUGCAUUGCAAACUGUCAUACAGUUGAUGUCCGAGCGCGAGCUAUAUGAUUCAUUAACUGAGGACUACAAGACACACAACAUCGGCUGGACCCAGGAGAAAGCUUCCCAGGUGUUGGAAUCCUGGCAGCGCGCUUUUGCUAACACUGUUAAAAAAUUACAGCAGCACACUCAUUACCCCAAAAACAGUUCGCUUUCUUUGUACAACUCGUAUGCAUUCAGUACUAUUACUAUGAAUGAUAUCAUCAGUAAACACAGUGAAAUGUCAUUGAAAAACGUCGGCAUUGCAUGUGGGCUUGUGAUACUUUACUCAUGCAUCGUGCUGUUCCACUGGCAAAACCCAAUGUUCUCGCAAUCCGGCAUCGGCCUGGGCGGAGUGAUCCUCGUGUGCGCAACAAUAACAGCCGGCCUUGGCUUCUGUGCUGUUUUAGGACUCCCCUUCAACGUAAUCACCACCCAAAUCCUGCCCUACCUCCUCGUAGGUCUCGGUUGCCACGACACAUUCUUAAUAACCCACGCGGACGCGAGUGAUUCUUGUUCAGCCGUAACAGUAGGAUCCAGCGAAGAAACAAGACCUCUUUCAUCCCCAGCUUACUCUCCAGUCCUAAUGAGCGAGUCUCACCGCACAACAGUAAUCCUAAAGCGCGUCGGACUAUCAAUCUUACUAAAAGGUCUGUGCACUGCUUCAGGUCUAGGAAUCGCAGCAAUAAUUCCAAUCCCAGCUCUGAGAGUAUUUUCCUUAAAAGCCGCAGUUCUUUCAAUCUUCAUCCUCAUAUCAAUGCUUAUCGCCUUCCCAGCAUUACUAAGCCUGGACCUUCGUCGGCGAAAAACCGGCCGGUGGGAUAUUUUAUGCUGCUGUUUCCUAUCUUCAAAAACAGCAGCUCGGAUAAAUAAAAAAACCCACAUAAUCUCCGAAAACAAAGCUAAUAACAUGAGAAAUCACGUGACAGCAAACAACAAAAAACAUUACGCAGAUUGCAAACGCGUUGACCAAAACGAAUGGACUGAUUCUAAUGAAGACAACAAUAUUAACAGAAAUCACAAAGAAAAUUACGAAAAACACGGAGAUAAUUACGACGAAGUAGACAUGAAAGAGGAGAAAAAUUUGCAACAUCAACAUUACUGUCACCACCAUCAAUAUGAAGACACAAUAACUUGCUGCGGAGACAGAAGCAAAGAUUGUCUCCCGCUGAAAUUUUCCCUCCGGAAAUUCGCUUACAUGCACUACGGCCCCUUCUUAACAAAGCCUUUGACAAAAGUCAUAGGCAUGAUAAUGUUCGCGAUCAUCCUAAUAGGCAGCGUCUUAAAAGGAAUGAACAUAGAAGAGGGGCUAGAAUUGGGCGACUUGGUGCCUCAACAUUCAAAAGAGCACGCGUUCCUUGAAGCUCAGUCAAAGUACUACGGGUUCUACAGCAUGUUUGCGGUAACUGAGCGCGAUUUUGACUACCCUAAUAACCAACAGAUGCUCUAUGACUACCACGACGCAUUUACGAGGGUGAAGAAUGUCAUUAAAAAGGACGAAAGUUCCUUACCGCAGUUCUGGCUGAGUCUCUUUAGAGACUGGCUGAAAGGCCUGCAGGCGGCUUUUGACAGAGAUUAUAAAAACGGAUGCAUAACGCAAGAGAGGUGGUUCAAAAAUGCAAGCGAUGAAGGAAUACUUGCGUAUAAAUUGCUAGUGCAAACAGGCCACGUUGAUAAUCCAAUUGAGAAGCAAUUGAUUUCUUCUGUAAGGCUGGUUGAUUCUGAUGGGAUAAUUAAUCCCCGGGCGUUUUAUAAUUAUUUAAGCGCUUGGGUUUGGAAUGACGCUUUAGCUUACGGAGCUUCCCAGGCUAAUUUAAGACCUGUACCGAGACAGUGGAUUUUUGUUAAUGAUGAAGAGCUCAAAAUUCCCAAAAGUUCGGCGAUUGCUUACGCGCAGAUUCCUUUUUAUCUUCAUAGAUUAAAUUCAACUGCUGAAAUUACGGAGUUGAUAAGAAAUGCGCGGAAUUUGUGCACGAAAUUUGCAGAGCUGGGUCUUCCUAAUUUUCCAUAUGGAAUUCCGUUUAUUUUUUGGGAGCAGUACAUGAAUUUAAAGCGCUGGUUGUUGAUAGCGUUUUUCUCUGCGAUAGGAGCCAAUAUGCUAAUUGUUGGAGUGCUGUUGCUGAAUGCUUGGGCAGCGAUGCUCGUUGGAUUGUCACUGGGAGGAAUAGUUGUCCAGCUGUUUGGAUUGAUGAGCUUGUUUGGGAUGAAAUUAAACGCAAUUUCUGCGGUGUUAUUGGUGAUAAGUGUGGGAAUCUCUGUACACUUUACUGCUGAUAUCUGUUUGAGCUUCGUGACCUGUGUUGGGAGCAACCGAGACCGGAGAAUACGCCUGGCUUUGGAACACAUGUUCGCUCCGGUAAUUCAUGGGGCAAUUGUCACCUUUUUGCCGAUCAUCAUGCUAGCGUUUUCAGACUUUGAGUUUAUUGUACGGUAUUUCUUCCCUGUACUGUCUAGUCUUAUUGGAAUCGGGCUGCUCAAUGGGUUGUUUUUCUUUCCUAUUCUGCUGUCCUUGGUGGGGCCAAACUCGGAAAUUACUCCGCCAACAGCUCAUCCGGAUAGAAUUGCGACGCCUACGCCGCCGGCUUCGCCGGAAAUUACGCGGCGCAAAAGACACCACAGAAGCUCGCAUCAUUCUGAAGGACCUCCCAGGCGGCCUCAUAAAAUUGAUAAUAAUACUUCCAGGCAGUUACAUCAACUGCACUCUGAGCCUUCGUUGACUACUAUUACUGAGGAGCCCAAUUCUUGGCACAGUACUCAAGAAUCUUGUAUUAUUGUUCAGCCGGAAGUUAAAGUUGAAACAACGUCGACUUGUGGCAAUCAGAAUUGCAAUGGUAAUGGCGGAGCUUCAGAUAAUAAUGGAACAUCAUCUGUACUUACAUCAACUCCUCACAUUAUAACAACAACAAAAGUCACCGCUACAGCUAAUAUUAAAGUGCAAGUUCACACUCCAAUAAGCGGUGGAAUGGUGGAUCGCAGUGACAAGUAUCGUCAUUCAUCUUCAUCCUCAUCGGGAAGUUCACAAAAAAAGUCCUGUUGCAACAAUAGUAGUAAUAGUAGUAGUAGUAGUAGUAAUAGUACAAAUACUAAUGUCAGCGAAAAAGUAUUUACUGGUAAUAAUUGUAACAAUUAAAACUACCAAUUUUGCUUGUAACAAGCAAUUAUUAAUAUAAUAGUAAUAUAUAAAUACUCUAAGAAAAAACGAUAAAUAUUUUUAAUAAUAAAAUAGUAGCUGAUAAUGGAGCAAUAAUUUUUUACUUGAGCUCAAGUUAUAAUGCGAUAUGUUAAUAAAAUAAUAAACGUGAGAUAAAUUAUUGCUCUAAUAUUAUGUUGUAGCGGCGGCGAUAAUACAAACAAGGCUGACUAGAAUUUAUUAUUAAAUAAUAGAUAAAUGUGUAUUAUAUAGCUUGUACUUUUAAAUUGAUUCAUAUUAAUAAGCUAUUUUAUUAAUUUUAUUAUUAUAAUUAUUUAUACUAUGAUAAUUAUUAUUAUAGUUAAAAAUAAUAAUAUGUAUUCAAUAAUUGUGCAUAGAUUUUAUAACUAUUUUUAAAUUUGUACAUAAAGCGAUUAUUAUUUUAUAAAUGAAUGGACGAAAUCGUGAAUGGACGAGAGAUUUUAAUAAUGAGAGUUGUGUAAUUCGUUGUUACCAAUAUAAUUGUGUGGAAGCGGCUAUACUAGUCUCGCACUUGGCGACUGUCCUGCUGGGUGCGAGGCAUCCAAAUUGUCAAUUAUUUUUUAAUCAACAAAAUAUAUGAGUUACUAUUUUAUACUCGUAUAGGAAAGUUUGUAUGUGUGGAAUUAAUCAAUAAUAUAUAUUUUAUUAUAUUAUUAUUAAUAAUAUUACUACGAUUAUAAUUAUUAUUAUCAUUAUUAAUAUAAUUAAUAUGUAUAAUUCGUGGACGAAAAACAAAUUAUUUAUUAUUUAUUUUUUAAUAUUUUCCUCAAUAUAUGAAUUGUACUACACGUGAUAAUUUGUAUAAAAAAUGAAAAAUAUAAAAAAAAUGCCAAGGUAAUUUUAUAAUUACUUAACGAAGACUAUUUGUCAAUUAUGUAAAAAAUAUUGUAAUAUACUUUUUUUGUAACAAUUUAUGUAUUUUUAUGCAAUUAUAUGAAUAUUCAUGAUAUUCUAUUAAAAUU